GUCGUCCUUUCUCGAGAACAUCGUUUCUCCGCGCACCAACCCACCCACCCAAUCUCUUACAUAUUUAUACCGACGGCAGCUCAAUCCUUAACCUUCCUCGACAGCAGAAAAAUAUCUUCAUCGUCAUCCAUGGCCGCUUCUUUCACAGCUCUGUCCAAUGUUGGUUCGCUUACCACUCCAAGGAACGGCUCGGAGAUCAGAGGUUUGAGCCCAUCUUGCAAUGUCGCCGCCAGCGUCCGACCGCCUCCAUUGAAGGCCAGCUUGUCGGCGUCGUCUUCUAGCUCUUUCUCCGGCUCUCCGCGCCUGAUUCCCCUCAACUCUUCUUCUCAGAGGAAAUUCCGUCCGUGCUCGGUUCGAGCAAGUGCCGAGGAUGCGGCUGUUCAGUCAAAAGUUACCAACAAAGUUUACCUUGACAUUAGCAUCGGUAACCCUGUCGGGAAGCUUGCUGGAAGAAUUGUGAUUGGAUUAUAUGGAGACGAUGUUCCACAAACAGCAGAGAAUUUCCGCACUUUAUGCACAGGAGAGAAAGGCUUUGGAUACAAAGGUUCAUCGUUCCACCGUGUCAUCAAAGAUUUUAUGAUUCAGGGAGGUGACUUUGACAAAGGAAAUGGAACAGGGGGUAAAAGCAUAUAUGGCCGUACUUUUAAAGAUGAAAGCUUUAAGUUGUCUCAUGUUGGACCUGGGGUGGUCAGCAUGGCAAAUGCCGGCCCCAACACCAAUGGGAGCCAGUUCUUUAUCUGCACUGUGAAGACGCCGUGGCUGGACCAGAGGCACGUUGUGUUUGGGCAAGUGUUAGAGGGCUUGGACAUUGUCAGGCUGAUCGAGUCACAAGAAACAGACCGAGGAGACCGUCCCAGGAAGAGAGUGGUCGUAUCCGACUGUGGUGAACUUCCCGUGGUGUGAUAUGGCCUUGAUUAGUUGUGUUGUGCAAAUUAGUACUGGGUCAUGCCCUCCUCGAAUUUUCUUCUUUCAUUUCACUGUUAUUGUUGGAGAGCAAACUUGGGAAGAGCCAGGUCGCGAUUGUUAAUUGCUCAAUUGUUGUAGUGUUCUGACGGAAUUUUUCUUUAAAUUGGAAGCACAGAAUGACUGCUUCCGAGUCUUUCCUUCAUCGUUGGACCCCUUGUGAGGAAUGGAUGAUAUGAUACCGUUAGAUGUCUGGGAUUUGCUUGAA